UUAUGUGAUGCAAAGUUUUGAAUUUUAUUUUUUUUUUAUUUGGGUUCCUCUGUUUUUUGAUUCUAUGGGGAACGGAUUCAGAUUUUUAAUCGAAAUAUUGGAUUAGAUAAAUGUUUCUGCAUGAAAUAUAAAUCUGAAUUCUGAAAAUUUCUGUAUGAUAUUCUUCUAUGAGGUGAAUUAUUUGAAUGAUUCAGAAAAAUUGGGGAUUUUUUGCAGUGUGUGAUUUGUUGAGGGAACAAAAGUUUGAAAGAGAUGAAGAACUCUGCUUCGGAUCAAUGUUUUUUCAUCGAUAGCGAUAACGAUGAAGAGAGGGAGUUAGGAAGAGAAGUAAAUGAUGGAAAUGUAUCAGACUUUUCCAAUGACUCUAAUGAUAAUUUAUACCAAAGAAAGCCAAGCUCCUAUAGCAUGGCAUGGCCUCAAAGUUACAGGCAAUCCAUUGAUCUCUAUGGUACUGUGCCAUCGCCAAAUAUCGGAUUUCUUGGAACAACUGCCACAACAUCAUUGACAAGAUUAGGCAGUUCUUUUCUUGGUACAACAUUGACACGGAGGAACACCGCUGAAAUUAUACCCCCUAUCAAAAAGCCUCUCAUACAACCGGCAGUGGACGAAGAACAGCAGCAUAUCUCUCAGACAUUGCUUCCUCCCCUCCCAUCUAGGAAGUCUUCAGUUAGGAAAUCUUUAAAGAUUUCACAUGAAGUUCAAAUUCCUGGCCAAUGCUCUUUUGGACAAGCUGUGCUUAAUGGUAUGAAUGCCCUUUGUGGCGUUGGAAUCCUUUCAAUCCCUUAUGCUCUACAUGAAGGUGGAUGGGCUGCACUUGGAAUCUUGCUGAUAUUUGCAGUAUUUUCCUUUUAUACUGGAUUGCUGUUGCGUUAUUGCUUGGAUAGCGAACCUGGUCUGGAAACCUAUCCCGACAUUGGUCAAGCAGCUUUUGGUACUACUGGACGUGUUGUCAUUUCAAUAAUAUUAUACAUGGAAUUAUAUGCUUGCUGCAUUGAAUACAUCAUUCUAGAGAGCGACAAUCUAUCGUCCUUAUUUCCGGAUGCAAGCUUAAGUUUGGGUGGAUUUAAAUUGAAUGCACACAUUCUAUUUGCAAUCUUGGCCACAUUGGCUAUUCUUCCUACCGUUUGGCUUCGGGACCUUCGCAUUCUAAGUUACAUAUCAGGAUGUGGAGUUGUUGCAUCGGCUGUAGUCGUUCUGUGCCUGGUGUGGGUUUGCGUGGUAGACGAUACUCCGAUUAGUACAAAAGGAACAACAACACUUAAACUUUCAACAUUCCCUGUUGCUAUGGGUCUAUGUGGUUAUUGCUUCUCAGGACAUGCUGUUUUCCCCAACCUAUAUACGGCUAUGGCUAAUCGGAAUCAAUUCCCCGCGGUACUCUUGACAUGUUUUGCUAUUUGCACUUCAAUGUAUUGUCUUGUAGCUGCUUUGGGAUACUUAAUGUUUGGAGAAGAUACACAGUCACAAUAUACUCUUAACAUGCCUCGAGGAUUAAUAGCUUACAAGAUUGCGGUGUGGACUACGGUCGUUAAUCCACUUACCAAGUAUGCGUUGAGUCUAACACCAGUAGCAAUGUCUGUGGAGGAAUUGAUACCGCCAAGUAAUUCCAAAUUUACAUUAUACUCCAUCCUCAUCAGAACAGCACUAGUGAUUUCUACAUUGCUUGUUGGUCUUUCAGUUCCAUUUUUCGGUUUGGUGAUGUCGUUAAUCGGCUCUUUGCUCACAAUGUUUGUUUCCCUUAUUUUACCAGCUGCUUGUUUCCUAAGCAUCAAGCGCAGAAGAAUCACGCGCUCUCAGGUUAUACUCUGUGGUACAGUGAUCGUAGUAGGUUUAGUUUCAUCUGGUAUUGGAUCAUACUCAGCCAUCUCGGAGAUUAUAGCGGAGCUGUUUCCAUGAAGUUUUGCAGCUUAAAUCCUGGAUUAUGAGUUUUGUCUGCUAUUAAGUAUUCAAAAUCCAGUUCAUUAAACUGUUUUAGAUUAUUUCAUUUCUGAACCCGAAUUUUGAGUCAACUUUUCAUUCAUAGUGCCUUCCUCAUUUUGUGAUUUUUAUUUAUGACUAUCACGGUUAUAUUACCUUAUCAUAGAGAA